AAACUUGGUUGCAGAAAUUUCCUACGUAGGAAAUAUGACGAAGUUUUACACGUAUUGUAGAUUUUCGUACUACGUUGUAAGCAUUGAGGUUCUGUAUGUAGAUAAUUUAACGUGUUUCAGCGUAUGAUAUUGGUACUGAAGAAUGGCAGGAGUUUUUGAUUUAGAACUACAAGAAGUGGAUAAUGAAGCAUUAAGGAGUAAUGUAUCUGAUGACGAUGCUAUUGAUGUUGAUGAACAGAGCUUGAACAGAGAGCCAGAUGUUAAUGCAAUAUUAGAAUCUGAAGAUGUUGAGAAAAUCCAACUUUCAGAAAUAAUUGUUAAUCCGGGCGAGGAGAAAACUGGUCCAAAAGACUUCAAGCUGUUACGGGUACUUGGAAAAGGUGGCUAUGGGAAGGUUUUUCAAGUACGGAAGAUUACAGGAAAGGAUACAAACAAAAUAUUUGCCAUGAAAGUUCUAAAAAAGGUUGUCCCCACAAAGUGGUCACUUCAUCUUCAGGUAUUUCAAUGGGUAUGUUCUCAACUGGUAUCUAGUUCCUCACCUCUCAGCUUGAAGGGUGGAUGCUUUCAGUUGAGAUUGGAGAGGUCUUCACCUAUAUGCCUACGCUCUGAUCAGACUCCUCUCCAUAGUCAUUUCCCUUAUGCAGACCACUCCCUGUUGUGUUCUUCUGGUUGCUCUAUGAGGCAGAGGAAUGGGAACCCGCACCGUGGUCAAGUCUCUGUUGAGCCAACAAGCAAGGUCAUCCCUGAUCCCAGGUGGAAGGGUGAUGGGAUGGUUCAAGGGAUUAUGGAAGAAGUUCCACUGGUCAAGAAGCAUCCAAUGAAGGAAAUGUACAUGUGCCCAACUGAAGGGAAUGAGAGCUUCCAAGGAAGCCCACAUCCCCAAAGAGAGAGAAGGAGAAGCUUCUACAUUUCUGAAAUUCUUCUUGCCUUAGAACAUCUGCACAGAGAAGGAAUUAUAUAUCGAGACCUUAAACCUGAGAACAUCCUGCUUGAUGCUCAAGGUCAUGUUAAAUUGACAGAUUUUGGUUUAUGUAAAGAAUCUAUUCAAGAUGGGGUCAUAACUCACACAUUCUGUGGAACCAUUGAAUACAUGGCCCCUGAAAUCUUAAUGAGAAGUGGACAUGCUAAAGCAGUAGAUUGGUGGAGCCUUGGUGCUUUAAUGUAUGACAUGCUGACUGGUGCUCCUCCCUUCACUGCAGAAAACAGAAAGAAAACUAUAGAAAGGAUUUUGAAGUGUAAACUAAAUCUUCCCCCAUAUCUGACUCCUGAUGCACGAGAUCUAAUAAGAAAGUUGCUGAAGAGACAGGUGAUUCAGAGGCUAGGAAGUGGACCUGAGGAUGCUAAAGCUAUCAAGAUUCAUUCUUUCUUUAAGCACGUGAGUUGGGAUGACGUUCUUGCCAGGAGAGUUGACCCACCAAUUAAACCUCAUCUUGUGAGCGAAGAUGAUGUCUCACAGUUUGACACAAAAUUUACCAAACAAACACCGUUUGACAGUCCUGAUGAUUCACAACUCAGUGAAAGUGCCAAUCAAGUGUUUUUUGGUUUUACUUAUGUAGCACCCUCAAUACUGGAAGAGAUGUACCGACCAGCCAUUGUCAAGGCUCGUUCUCCAAGAAAGUAUAGUCCACGGAUACCAUUUAGCCCUUGCAAAGCAUCUAAUCCAUUUUUGUUUGAGGAGUCAACAAAAAAUGGGAGUCUUUCAUCUCCAGUGAGCCAGAGUCAGGAGCAAAUGGAUACAAGUAGCUGCCUUCCUCAGAUGGGUCCUUCUCCUAGAUCGCCUUCAAUCCCUGCGUGGAAACAAGGCCUUAAGAUAUAGCACCAUUAAUUGAGUGAAAGAGACUGCAGAAGAUUUGUCAAGAAGAACGUUUCACUGAAGAAUGUUAUAUUACUUCUGUUUUGAGAAGAAUGUACAGGCUUGUUGUUGUCACAGUCUUAUUCUUAUUGCUUGCUUGCUUUUUCCUCUCUCAGUUUUUGUGUUGUGUAUAUCAUACCUGACAAUCAUGGGCAUCUAUGAAUGGAAUUGGGAACUAAAGUGCUUACAAUUUUUUAUAGUAAGCAACAACUUCAUUAUGUUUUGAGCAUAAGAAGAUUGAAGAACAGGGGCACCAGUUUCUUCAGAAUGUCUUGCUCUUUUAUACUUUUUUUAAACUUUUAUUACUGUGAAAACAUGCACAGAAAUGGUUGAAUGACAUAUAAAACUUAAUGGUAAAAGUAUUUUUUCUGUUACAAGCUGUAUUUUAUGAAAAUGUUGACAAAAAGGUGAAAUUUUAAGAUUUAAAUUUAACACACACACACUUGCAUAAGUAUUUCAACUGAUACUUAUUGUCCAAACCCAACUGUCUGCAAACAAUAAAAUUAAUACAAAAGUUCUGUCACAAACAAAGUCGUAAUAAAGAAACUGUUUUUCAGGUGUUCUCAGUUAUCUUAGUUCACCUCGAAGUUUGAGUACCCAUAUGUUUUAUUGAAGCAUGUCUGUGCAUGUGCUGUAUUUAUGUGUGUAGCUACUGAAAUUAUAUGUGAGGUGUGUAAAGACAGUUGGAUGUACCACUAAACAUGCUAGAGGUUAUAACUGGUCAUUACUGUUUAGAAAAUAAGAUAUUAAGAAAUGUAACAUUUCUGCAACGACAUUGCCUGUCAGAAAUGGUGGAAAUACAUUGAUUUGAAUAUUAAAAGUGGAAUUUAUGUUAAUGAAUAUGAAUAUUUUGUUUUGCUUUCAGAUAGAAAAGUGGUUAGAAACUAAAAUAAUAGAUAAAAAGGAAAUAGACUUAGUAGUGGAUAGAACAGUUGAAAGCCUCUUCCGUAUUACCGUGUUGUACAAGUUUAACAAAAUGACAGUAGGUUAUUGCCAAAUGUUCACUUAUUGUAUUAGGAUAAUGUUGAUUAAUGUUAUGAAGAUUUCAACACUAUAAAAAGCUUUGCUGUGGAGAAGGAAGAAUAUAAUGAAUGAAACUAGUAUCUUUCUAGGAUUGACAGAUUUGAUUUUCCUAUAAAAAUAGAAGGUUUUUGUUAUUUUAUGGACAUACAAAGCAUGAUAAGAUUUUCGUAAAUCUGGUAGUCUUGAAAUUGACAAGGAUGUGAAACUGUCAAGUUGGAGAAAGGUAGGGAGGAACACUGAACAUUCUCAUAGAUUUGUAAUCUUUAAGGAUAACAAAUAAUAAACUAUUGUAGAAAUACUGUAUGUAAAUAAAUCCAAGAGGAAAAACUGUUUACUGCUGUAUAAAUUCCAUUAAUGACUGGGUGCCUUGUAUUCUGUUGAUAAAUGUAUGUACCACAACAAAGGUUCGAGAAAUAUAAACACGAUAUAAAGUUUCAAUGAUCCCAACAAACUGUUCUCAUCCAUUGUUAAGUCUAUAUUCAUUUUUGAGCUGGUGUGUGUGUGGGAGGGGGAGUAGCUUUGUUGCUGGUUGUUUACAUAUUAUAAUUCUUGUUUUUAUUUUGAAUAAGAAAGAAUGUUGAGUCUUAAUAUCAUUAACAAACUUCUGUUUAAUAUUGAGUCUUAAUAUCAUUGGCAAACUUUUGUGUUUAAUAUUGAGUCUUAAUAUCAUUUAUAAACUUCUUUGUUUAAUAUUCAGUCUUAAUAUCAUUGACAGACUUCUGUGUUUAAUAUUGAGUCUUAAUAUCAUUGACAAACUUCUGUGUUUAAUAUUGAGCGUUAAUAUCAUUGGCAAACUUCUGUGUUUAAAAGGAAUUUCUGUAAAGGUAAAAAAGUACUGGCAUGUAGAUGCAAAUGAGAUUUUCAUUGUGAUUAGAUUUUUAUUACUUUGUAGAGUCAGAAAAUGUACUUUAUUUCUACAAGUAGGAUCUGUAUAAUAACCUGACAAUCACAAAUGAAAAUAAAUAUUUGCAUAAAGAUAUACCACCCUUAACAAAAGAAGAUGAUUUGUGUUUUUAGAAAUUAUCGAUUUUUAACUUGAAUUUUUCCAAUUCUCUUUUUCUCUAUCGUAACUUAACUAAUAUUUAUUUGUGUAAUUUGAUUGUAAAUUUUAUGUGAGAUUUCAGAGUUAAAAUAUACGUACGAGUUGAGAGUAUUGUGAUUGUUGUUUACCUCAGUAAGCAUUAACUAAAAUGUAGAGUUAACUGUUAAUGCAGAGUUUAUAUGUUAAGGCAUUGUUCAUAAAUUUUGCCAUCUUCAUGAGCAUACAAAAUAAACACUGAGCGUAGGAGUUUAUUUAAGCUUUUAAAAAUAUAUAAAAUAAUACCAUUUGCUAUCACUAAAUAUCUUGCAAAAGUAUUGACUAGAAGUAACUUUGUCAAGUUUUGUGGACUUAAAAUAUAUAUUUUUUUCUGUUUCAUGGUAUCCCAUUGAUAAUGACAGAUGUCCGAUAAUUUCAUGGUAUCCUAUUGAUAAUGACAGAUGUCCGAUAACUUCAUGGUAUCCCAUUGAUAAUGAUAGAUGUCCGAUAAUUUCAUGGUAUCCUAUUGAUAAUGACAGAUGUCCGAUAAUUUCAUGGUAUCCUAUUGAUAAUGACAGAUGUCCUCCGAUAACUUCAUGGUAUCCCAUUGAUAAUGACAGAUGUCCGAUAACUUCAUGGUAUCCCAUUGAUAAUGACAGAUGUCCGAUAACAUCUUUUUAAGAAAACGUUCCCUUUUUAUCACAGGGGUCACAAAAAAGGCAUGUUUUACAUGCUUAUGUGAAUGACCUAUAAGGUGUAUAUAUGUUACAUCAACUGACUCUUGUCAGUCAAAGAAAGUAUAAUAUUGGGCUGAAUGUCACAGCUUGUUGACAGCUACCAUAUAUCUUUCAAAACAGUAAUUUCAGUCAGAAUAUCGUAAAGUGUGAUGUAUCUAGAGUAAGUUAGUGCAAGUCAUUUCAAACUCGUUUAUAAAUUGCCACUUUUUGACAAUACAGUUCUUGUUGCCGUAGCUUUUUGCUAUUUUGAUGCAUAAAAUGAUUGAUCUAUCAGUGUUUAUUUAUAAAUAUCGUUGAUAAAAACAAACUAAUAAUACUUCCAACUUUUUCUAAGAUGUGAUGCUGAAAUUGUAUAGGUAAUAUUGCCAUUAAGUAAUUUAAAUUGAUUGGUUUGAGCUGGAAUAUUCUGAACAACAGGUAACAGUUUGGUAUGAUUGUUAUAUAAAGCAGCUACAUGAAAUUAAGUAAACAAUCCUUUCUUGUUGUCAAAUUAUAAGUUGUUUUUUUUCAUAAAGCAUGUUUUUUUUGGAAAAAAUUAAAUGAAAUUUUAUUUAACUAAUGACUAAUACUUUGAUUCUAAUGUAAAUUUGCAGUUGUAAAAUUGAGGAGGUUCCAUGAAUGUUUCAGUUCUGCUAAUUUAUAAAGUUGGUAUGUAAACCUAUUUAGUGGAGAUUAAAGUUCUCUCUUAUUUUAAUAAUUUUACAUUGUUUUAAUUUUACUUAAACUGUUUGUAUGAACUCUUUGUACAACAAGUACACUUUUUUAAAUAAAAAUUUGAAAUUGAGGUUUUAUGCAAAGUUAAGUUCUUUCUUUCAGAUAUUCAGAGAAGUCUGAUUCUUGUUUAAUGUUAAAACAGUAUCUAAGAUUUUGCUCUAUAAAGUAAAAACAUAUUAAGAAAUUCAGUUUGUAUUUGUUAUAGUUAGCUGGUAUCAGAUAUUUUGAAUAUUUUAAAGCUGCUUUCUAAAUAUAUAAUAUUUAAAGAUUUUUUUGGUUUAACAAAGUUUUUCUGCUAUUAAUUUUUCCCUUCCUGAUACAUAAGUUUCAAUGAAGACAAGCAUGCAUACAAUUCUCUACAUAGUUGGAAUAUAUGCAGCUGUUAUUAUUUAUGCUUUAGAUAUAGAUUUAUAAAUGUUUUAUUUGAAAUGAGAUAUGCUGGAAAAACGAGCUACAAAGAAAAGGUUGUAUAACUUAUUGUAGAAGUUGUUUCCCUUGUUGAAUAUGAAGUUUCAGUUGAUUUUUGAUUGUUCUGUUCAGUUGUCAUGACUGACUUAAUUAGUUCCUAACAACAGGGAUGAGUGUCAUCAUGUUACUUACUCAAAGUAAUUGUAUGAGUUUUGUAUUAAGUAUUAAUAAAGAUUUAUAGUUUAGUUUUC